UGUAAAAACCUUGGCGUCGCUUGGUGAUGACGUAUUUUUGACGCUAUGGCGGCUCACGCGAGCGAGCUGGAGAUUGCGAAGAAGAAUUUAACGAAUGCCAUCGGCGAUAACGUGAAGCAUUAUUGGGCUAACCUAAAGCUGUGGUUCAAACAGAAGAUUAGCAAAGAAGAGUUUGACGUCGAGGCACGUCGCCUGUUGCCUCAGGAGAAUGUCCACUUUCACAACGACUUCCUGCUGGCCAUCCUCACACGAUGUCAGAUUAUUGUUUCUACACCAGAGGGCCCAGGCUCCUUGCAGUGGCAAAGCUGUGCCUCAAAGUCUGACAAGUCAAAAGGAAAGAAGAAGUGUUCCUCCAGGCAGAAAUUUGAUCACCGCUUCCAGCCACAGAACCCUCUGUUCGGAGCGCAGCCGUUCAGCCCGCGGGAGGCGGGCGGCGAGGAGGAGGAGCUGCGGCUGAGCGCCCACACGCUGCUGCUGCCGACCCGGGGCCAGCUGGAGGCCCGCAUGAUGGUCACCGCCUUCGAGAUGGGGCUGGACAACGUCACAGAAGACGCCAUCAGCACCGUGGUCUGUGCUGUGGAGCACCACUUGAAAGACGUCCUGACCGCCGUAAUCACUCGGAGGAAGGCGUACCGGCUACGCGACGGACACUUCCCUUACGCCUUCGGCACCGACGUCACGCCUCGGCCUUAUCUCAAGAACAGCCUGUCUGCGUACCACGGCAUCAGCGAAUGUCCUCCUCCAAGCGCGUCUCUUGCUGCGUGCCCGCCGCCUCAGGUGUCGCCCGACGAUGCCGAGCAAAAAGCCGUCCACUUGCUCGCCUGCUCCUCUGACACGCUACCUGCACCGCUUCCUCCAAUCAGCAUGUUUGACCUCCUGGAAGCGCUAAAGGUUCAUCGCGGCGUGAUGCCCUCCCACACCAUGUACGCCCUCAACAUGGAGCGCAUCCUGGUCCAGCUCUGGCACCCCAGCCACGAGGAACUGGAGCAGGACCGCAUACACAGGCAGAGGCUGGCCGGUAAGGAGGGCAUGCCGGUCAGCUGAGAGGCUCGCUCUGACUCUCUUUUCACCAGACUGUAGGACUGAGCUCGUCUCUGGAAACCAGUCCAUCUCCAGAACAGCCACAUGGGGGGGGAGGAGAAGUGUUUUCCAGGAAGUGAAAGGCUUGGAUAAUACCUGUGGCUUACAGAAGAUGGAGCAAGAGGAAAACCAGGAAGCUGGAACGCUGUUGUCGUCUGUACGACGUAAAACCUUUACCUGUCCAACUUUUAAUUACUUGUUGACGGCACAAUAGGAAACAAUUGGUUGUAAUUUAGUCCGUUUUAAACUGUAGGAGCGAAUGAAACACAACAGUCUAGUUCUGGAAAAAACAAAGUCUUACCAAGUGUUUUUGGUCUAGUUUCUAGUGGAAAUAUUGUAGUUUUGUUUUAUUUCAGGUGCACUAACACACACGUAAUGUUUCAGCAAGAAACUGGAAAUUGUUUUAAGUCAAUAAUGAGAAAAACUUACUAUUUUCACAGGCAGAUUAUUUCACUUAUAACAUGGGAAAAAAGUAUCGUUAUAAAUAAAAUAAUCUGCCAGUGGAACUAAUACUUUACUUUUAUUAUUAUUAAUGAAUUAUUGUCUUAGAACAAGCUCCUUUUCUUGCUGAAAAGUUACUCAGGUUAUUUUUGUCUUAUUUCAAGUGUACUAAGAUAUUUGCACCAGAAAUUAGACCAAAAAUACUUUUAUGCUUCUGGUGGAUUUCUUGUGGGAAUUUCUUCUUCAAAUCUAACCUGCUGCUUUAAGGGAUAACGUGUUGCAUCCUGGAUGUCCAAACGAUGUUCAUCACCUUUACGAAACUGCAAGUAAUGUUAAUUAUUAGAAAUUAGAUAAAAAAUACAAAAGAAAAUUCUAUUAAAAUCAAUCGGAUUCAAUUUGUCAAUUGUAGCAGGUUUGGUUGUGUACGGUGUUAUAGUUUGUACACUAUGCUUAUUACUUCUUCCUAAAUAGCAUAAGGUUCCUUUUUUUUUCCUGUUUUACUUUACUAAUUUAAGUAAGAUUUUUUUUUUUGUUAGCAUCUAGUAACACAUAAUUGUGAAGUGUGGCAUAUACUCCCCCCCCCACCACCUUUACAAUAAUUUAAUCUCACCUUACACGGGUGAAACAUAUUGGCACCGUUAUACCUCCGUAGGUUUGGCUGCAGCAAAAAGCUAUUCCUCAAAAAAUGGACGUAGAAGACGAGGGUCUAAAGCAACUUUACACCACACUUUUCAGAUUUUUAGUUGUAAAAAUAAGACGUCUUCUGUUGACAAAUUAGUAUUAAAUCAGAACUUUCUAGCAAAGUUCUAUAAGAUUUUAGGUUGCAAUGUUGAUGUGAAAAUUGUUAAAUUAGUAAAAAAAAAAAAAACUACAGUUAAAAUGCUGCAUAUGAGAAAAUGCUUAAAUAAUUUCGACAUCUGCAAUGUUCAGAGUAAAUGCCGGAAUCUGGUCUGGAGAAGAGCUGAAGUUUACAAUGUGCAUUGAACUCGUCUUGAAACAUAAUAUCCAGAAUGUCUCCUAAUAUUUACUAGUUUCUAGUGGCAGUGUUGGUGAUCCUCAGUGUUUCUACAUUGUAUAUGUGUUCAUACAUUUGUUUUUUUUUUUUUGCUUUUUUUUUUAUAAAUAUAUAUUUCACAUAGUUAUAAAUAAAAGUCAUUUUGUUUAAGCUACAUUAUACAUUGCGUUUUUACUACGCACUUAAGUGUGUAAACAAAGCUGCGUUUGCUCCAGUGGUGACUUGUUGGAGUCACCAGCAGCGGAGUGGGGCGGGAGGAGGCCAGUGAUUCAGCCACGCGCACUUCGAGUCACCUUCCCAUAUUUGGGCUCCCUGCGGUUUCCUUCCGGAAGCCGGGCUCUAUCCAAUGAGCGCUCGCGCCUCACACGCCACAGAAUGACUCAGGGUCCCCGUCUGUUCCCGAGUCUUGGACUAACAAAAGCCUCUUGCUUCUCGCUCCUUGUAAAUUAGACAAAAAUGCUAGCAUGUAUGUUCAACUUUUCUUUUAUUCAUUUAGCCUUAUUUACAGUUAAGUGCUCAAAAAUGCAGCGUACAAAUAUUACAAAGAGUUAUGUUUCGUUUUUUUUAGGGCUAACAAGUUACACACGUAUUAAAAAGUCGUAUGAAGAAGAGUGUUCUGAAAGUAAGGCAGCUGUCAGUAAGCUACACACACCUAGAAGAUAAUAAGAAUAAAAACCGUCUGGAAGGUGUGACAGCUGUUCGUGUUUUUUUUUUCUUCUUCUUCUUUAAAUGGUGCGCGAGCUCCAGAGCUAAACUCGAGCUGUCAUUGUGUUUUCACCGUGUGCAGCUGUAUCCCCACGCCACCUCAGUUCCUGUGACGAGGUGCACAGUUUCCACGCGUGACCUACAAGUUCUUGUAGCAAUAAU